AAGCCUGCGGUGUUCUCUACCUGUUGACAGGUAAAAGUCACCUUCCUGGGAGUCAGGCCUUGGCCGCUUGGAGCCAGCCCCUGCUCAGGAAAUAAUUAACCUCGGAUUUCUCGCAUUCCUGAGCACACAGCGUGGUAUGGAAGAAUGACCCCCGGCGUCCAGGUAAGCGGAGAGCAGACCUCAGAAAUGCAGUUGGCUGCGAGGGUGGCCCUCUCGGCCGCCGCCUUCCUCCUACUGACUUUGGCGUACAGAUAUUACAAGUCUCGAGUGCCCUGCACCAGCCAGCAGGGAGCCAGCGGGGAGAGAGGCAAGGGCAGCAAAGACGCAGAGGGGACGGAGAGCAUGAUCUGCCGCAGGGUGGAAGAACUGCCCCCUGGACUGAGGCACCGGUGGGUCAACGGCAAGGGUGAGAAGCCAAACCACAGGGCAGGGGGUAACCUGCCACUUCGGACACCUGGGCCUGCAGUCUUUGGGGAAUCUAGAAGCCAGGAUACACCUGCCUGCAGAGAGCCGGAUGGGGAAAGAGAGGUGAAGAAACAGGAGGAGGAGAGGAUGAAUCACCUGGGAAGCAGGCUGCCACCAGACAGAAAAUUCUCUGUGGCAGAAGAGGAGAAGGGAGGGGAGACUUCUGGUGCUGUCCUCAGCAACGGAAGCAGUGCCGGAGUCACAGAGGCUGCAAUGGAGUCGGAGGGCAGCUUGCCUUCUCUAGGUUUGCUCUCCCCAGGAGGCGGCUUCUGCAGUUUGAAUGGCAGCCACAAGGAUGUCAGCUCUGCAGAAGAUGGACUUUGCCUGGCUGCUCAGGAGAAGGGAUCUGGGCACGCAGCACCUCACCCUGCAGAUGAGAAUGGCUCCACCUUAGGAGGAGGGAGAAGUGAUCUACCUGGAGAAGAGGAGAGGCAGCAGUUAGCCCCAACCCAAGAGGAGCAGGAGAGGACCCACCCGUCGUUCCAUGCCACUUCUGACAUGGGCCUGAAGAUGAACCACAGCCAUGCUGGGUCACACACAACGUACAUGUUCUCCUCCGUGGCCCAAGUUCAGGUGGAGGAGAGCCUUGUUAAAGAGCGGAAGCUCCAGGAGAACAGUAACGGGCAACCAGGGGACCCUGGGACCAGCCUGAGAGGCAAAGUCUAUGACUACUACUUUCAGUCCAUCUCCCAGUCAGUCCUGAAGGAAAUGCCUUCCUGCACUAGCCUGGGCACCCAACCAUUUUCUCAGCUACCUGUGAUCAACAUCCCUGAUGCCUCUGAAGAGCAGUUGGGUCAGGAAUCAGCCCAAACCUCAACAGCAGAAGAUGACCCUGAGGAUGUUCCUAGUGCUCUUCCUCAUCAUAUCCAGGAUGAGACAAAGGCCCGGCAACCUGGGAGCCAGGAUGAGGCUGCUGUCCAAGAAAAGAGGUCCAAGAAACCUCCAGGACCUGGAGCCGGCAGCUUCAGCCGGAAAGGCAGCCUCCAUCAAAUCAUAGACAACCCAGAGCUUCAGGUCCCUAUGGAAGGCUUUGGCUGUCUGGCUUCUGGGUUGUCAGGAUUAGACACGCCACCUCUCAGCCCGCUCCACUCCAGCUCCGUUUCUUCACUGGUCGGGUCCAUGCAGAGUCUCCAAAGCGACACGAGUGAGGAACCCACAGUGGAGCUGGUGGCUGGCGCCAAGUUCUUCCACAUCCCGCUCAGCUCAGAGUCCUCCAUCGACAUCCACCUGGACCUGGGGAACUGCUACGAGGUCUUGUGUACAGCCAAGAAGCAGAAGCUGGAGAGGCUCCUGGAAGCGGCCUACAAGGUCAUGAGCGACAACUACCUCCAGGUGCUCCGGACUCACGCAAUCUACAGCCGCCUCAACGGCAAGGAGAGGGACCUGAUCCUGCAGCGGAGGAUGCGGGGGCGGAAGUACGUGACUGUGGCAGACGUCAGCUCCCAGGACGAGAGCCAGCAUGCGAGCAGGCUCUGCUACUACGACGACCAAAGGGAUACCUGGCAACUGUUGACUUACGUACCUCUGGAAGUCGUAUCCAAGGGUUGUGCCAUGUGCAGCAUGUUCAAUUACCUCUUUGUGGCGGCCGGCUGCGAAGGACGGGGGAGGCACCAGAAGCCGUCCAACCGGGUUUUCUGCUACAACCCUUUGACCAACAUCUGGCGUGAAAUCUGCCCGCUGAACCAAGCCAGGCCGCACUGCAAGCUGGUUGCCUUGGACGGCUACCUGUACGCCAUUGGCGGGGAGUGCCUCUACACCGUCGAGCGCUAUGACCCGCGCCUCGACCGCUGGACCUUCGCCGCCCCGCUGCCCAACGAUACCUUCGCCGUGGCCCACACUGCCACGACGUGCGAUGGGGAGAUCUACGUCACAGGGGGCACUCUGCGGUACAUGCUGCUGAGAUACAUUGGGCAGACAGAUACGUGGAAGUUCAGCCUCACCGGUGGAAGCAAAGACCGGACAACCGAGAUGGUGACUGUCAAUGGGUUCAUCUACCGCUUUGACCUGAACCGGAGUAUGGGCAUCAGUGUCUACCGCUGCGGCGCCAGGGCCAAGCUUUGGUACGAGUGUGCCACCCACCUCAUGCCCUUACCGGCCAGCUUCCAGUGUGCCGUCGUCGAGAACCUGGUCUAUUGCAUCGGCCGGCAGUUCAACAUCCGCUUCCUGGCCGAUUAUGUCUCGCCGCGGUUCGGGACCAAGGAGUUACAAACUUUCCCUUCCCCGAGAGGGACCCUUUUGCCUGUGACUCUCGUGCUGCCAGACAAGGAAGUGGUACAGACGAGGGUUUGAGGACACCGAUGGUAGGAAUGACAAGGAGGUGAAGCUGCUUGAUUCCACAGGCCUUGCUGCUGCAUGCGCGCACACACACACACACACCACUAGCCAAUUUCCACAAAUCUGUCAAGGGAGAUGGAGCUACAAGCGGGUUGGCAGGAUCUGUUUAUUUUGAGGCACUUAAAUCCUUGUAAAUUUGCAUGCAAAUUAAACGCAGCCUUUGGGGUCUUGGACGGUCGCCAAUACAGGCCUAGUUAGUGUGAAUGUAGAAAAAUGCCACGUAGCUGGGGCGCCACAAUCCUGCUGCACACCAUCAUUAUCUGUGAUACAAGGGAGGCUUAACCCCUAUGGCUAACUCAACUCCCUUCUCCCCUGCUCUCAGCUCUCAAAGUCAUCUUCUGAUUUUGUUUAUGAAUGUAUAGCAAUCUGGGGGGGAGCAAGUGAGGGGAGAGAGAGAUGCAAGGAUAUAAAGAGAGCCCUGCGGGUUAAGACCAAAGGUUCAUCCCACCCAUAUUGAUGUUUUUCAGGGCGCUGUGCCAAAAGGGUCUUCUCUGUUCUGAUUUUAACUGUCCUCUGUCAAUCAUCAAUUAACCAUGCAGCACAUCGUUGAACUGUGGAACUCGCUCCCGCAGGGGGCAGGGAUGGCCUCCAACCUGGGUGGCUUUUAAAAAAGGAUUAGACAAAUUCAUGGAAGAGGAGAGGGCUCUCGAGGGCUGCUAGCCAUGAUGGCUCGGGCUCUGCCUCCACAGCUCAAGGCAGCAGUGCUACUGGAUCUCAGGUGCUGGGACUGCAGGAGGGGAAGGCGCUGUUCUGCUCGAAUCCUGCUUGCAGGUUUUCCACGGGCAUCUGGUUGGCCACAGGGUACUGGACUAGAAUGGCCAUUGGCCUGAUCCAGCAGUCUCAUAAUACAAUACAGUGGUACCUUGGUUCUCAAAGUUAACCCGUUCCGGAAGUCCGUUCCAAAACCAAAGCAUUCCAAAACCAAGGCGUGCUUUCCCAUAGAACAGGCAUGUCUCAAGUCUGUUAUGGGGGCCUAAUCCGGCCCGCUAGUUGGUUUAAUCCGGCCCCUGUGGCAGUUUAUUUCCAGGGGUAAAAUCCUUCAACUUUGAUCGGCCCUUCACUUCAUCAAAUCUGGACCUCUUUGAAAAAAGUUUGGACACAGGGGCGGAGGCAGGGGGUGCAGUGGGGGGUGGGCCGCCCUGGGUGUCACCACUGAGGGGGUGACAAAAUGCCGGGCGGCACUCACCGUGGGGGCCUGCAGUGCGCCCAAGCCAUGCAUCUCCCCUGGAAGUGAUGCAGUGGCUUGGGCACCCGCAGGCUCCGCGCUGCCCCAAAAGGUCCUCCCGCUCCCUUCCCCCCCCCCCAGCUGUAGUGAGGCUGACUGGGAGGAGGCAGGCAGACUCCUUUGAGGCCCCGUGGAGCUUCCUGCCCCAGCUUCCCCCCCCCCCCCGGUGGGCAGCUGGCCCUGCCCCCGGGCACAGGGCACAUGCGCUGCCCCAGGCGCCCGAUCAGCUUGCUCCGCCAUUGCCUCCCCAAAGCCCGCCUGGCUUUGGGAAGUAGGCAGGAGGUCUCCAGCAUCCUGUCAGAGUCUUGGUGCCUCCUUCCCAAAGCCCAUGCGCUCUGGCCACCACUUGGCGGAGAGAGGGGCAGGCACUGGGUUUUUGUAACACCCGGCUUAGGGAAGGAAGCACGAUGCUCACAUGUAAAAUCUGGACGUCCCACCCACCCAAUUACCCUCACAAGUUGGCUCCUGUGGCCCAAACUGUUCCCCUAUUUAAAAUUUCACCGCACGACAGGCUCUCUUCUUAUGUUCUUUUGAUAGCCUCCUCCUCUUCCACGAACUGAUCUAAUUCCAUUUAAAGGCAUCUAAGGCAGCAGCUGUCCUCACGUCCCGUGGCAGGGAGAAAUGAGAUUCCAGUUUCACCUUUCGACGCAAACCCACCUCUUUCACGCUUUCCAAAAAGGUACAAGGACUGAAAACACUAUCGCCCCUCGAGAAUUAACAGCUCUCCAAAUUUUGCAAUGCCAUUCUCCAGCCAAGUCAUGUGUGCGGAAGUGCAUACAGUGGUACCUCUGGUUAAGAACUUAAUUCAUUCCGGAGGUCUGUUCUUAACCUGAAACUGUUCUUAACCUGAAGCACCACUUUAGCUAAUGGGGCCUCCCGCUGCAGCCGUGCCACUACUGUGCAAUUUCUGUUCUCAUCCUGAAGCAAAGUUCUUAACCUGAGGUACUAUUUCUGGGUUAGCGGAGUUUGUAGCCUGAAGCAUUUGUAACCCAAGGUACCACUGUAUACUGGGGGGGGGAUGCGUGUCAAUCAUGCAUCAAAAUGCAUCUAUUACUGAAAAUAACAUGCAGAAAUGCACUGUAUUAGGGCUUUUCCAGAAUGGGUAUGUUAGGCAAAAUUGCAUGCUAACAUGUAUGUAUUAAUAGAAAUUCACAGUAAAAUGCUGUUGAAUUUUCUUGAGGACUUAAAUAAUUAUAAUAAUAGUAACAACAACAACAAAUUAAUAUGCAAAUGUAUAAAACUGAACUUAAGACUGGAAAGAAAGGGGGAAAUAUAGAGUUGGAAGGGAUCCCAAGUGGACAUCUAGUCCAACCCCCUGCAAUGCAAACAACCUCUGACAGAUGGAACAUUGCACUUAAUUGGAUACAACCCUCUAUGCCUUAAGCAGUUAUGGUGAGAGUGAGCUCUAUCUGCUCUGGACCACUCUAUGGGGAUGUUUUGGGGUCCCUGCAUGAGUACAGACAUACCUCGGUUUAAGUAUGCUUUGGUUUGAGUACUUUCAGUUUAAGUACUCUGCGGACUGUCUGGAACGGAUUAAUCCACUUUCCAUUACUGUCAAUGGGAAAGUUCGCUUCAGGUUAAGUACGCUUCAGGUUAAGUACGGACUUCCAGAACCAAUUACACUCAUACUUCGGGUUAAGUAUGCUUCAGGUUGAGUAGUCCGCGGACCCAUCUGGAACGGAUUAAUCCACUUUCCAUUACUUUCAAUGGGAAAGUUCACUUCAGGUUAAGUACGCUUCAGUUUAAGUACUCUGCAGACUGUCUGGAAUGGAUUAAUCCACUUUCCAUUACUUUCAAUGGGAAAGUUUGCUUCAGGUUAAGUACGCUUCAGGUUAAGUACAGACUUCUGGAACCAAUUGUGUACUUAAACCAAGGUACCACUGUACAGACAUUCUGACAUGCCCAGUGGAGGGUUCACUUCAUCCACAAACCCAGCACCAGGAAGUAACAUGAGCACCAUCCGGGCAAGACUUGUGGGAAGCAGAAACCCAGGGAUCCAGCCAACAGGAUACGGUAAGCAAGAGGACUCCCAAAUGCGCCAGGGGGUGGGGGAAGCCAAAUAAGCCAACUCAUUCACUUAACUGACUAUGGAGGGGUCUCUCCAUAAGACCAUUAAGUCCAGAGUCCAAAACUGCCAUGAUCACACCACUGGGAUGAACUGAAGACCAGGGGUUCUCUGCCCAUGUGCAGAGUGGUUUUAUUUAUUCUUUAUUUAUUUAUUACAUCUAUAAGCCACUUUUUUCUUCUCUGAGGGGCUGAAGGUGGAUACACAAGUUCUCCCUGCCCUCCGCACUGCAUCACAUCUCAUAAUACUAGAUAGGUUAGGGAACCUGGGUCAGAGUAGAUGGCUAUUCUCUGCUGCACUUUCCCGUACAGAUUAAAAGAGCUUUCUGGGGACUCGGAUGUUGGGCUCAAUUAAUCAAUGCUCGUUGAAUCAAAAAUUAUCUCAUAAAGGCCUAGAACAUUCUUUUAACUAAAGCUCUCUUUUCCUCGUAAGUAGGACAAGAUGCAAGCUUGAUGAGGGACCAAAGCGGUCUCAACUCCACAUCUUUGAGAGUUGCUCCCAGCCCCCAAAAGCCUUUCCUGCUUGUUCACAGAUCAGCACCAAGGGAGGAUUUCCUCCAUCUCAUGAAAUGCAAACACACACACACACACACACACUUCACAGCCCUGCAGUGUUUGACCACAUUCCAUCUCUGACAAUUUCCCCUCUCUAGCAGGCAGGAAUGUGUGUGUGUUUAUGAGCAUUCCAUGACAUCACAGAAACUCAGCCAAUGGCGGCAGAAGCGGCGUGGACCUCAAAUGGAGAGGGGCAGUAAACUUUCAGCCUUUUUAAAUGCCUGUGUAUAAUUAAAUGGACCUAUAUAUUUUCUCUGGGGCUUGAAUAUGCAGAUAAAAUAAAAUAAACAGCAGUAACAACAAAGUAGCCUUUGAGAUCUCUGCCACAUGCUUUCAUCUAGGUUUCUGCCGCAUCCUCAUACUUGCCCUUGGUUGUUCCAUUACUGUAAGUGACUGAAAUUGGAUAAUUAAGAUACAUAACCUGCCAUAAUCAUUAAUGCGCUUUACAUCUCGGUGUCUCAGAAUGCAUUUUCGUCAAAGUGCCACCAAUUACUCAUCUGGAGUGCAGAUUCCAAAUGGCUGCGGUUUCAUUCCCCCUAUAUAGGCACAUUUUUAUUUUUAUUUUAUUUUUAUUUAUUUUUUAAAGCCAUAGAUGGCUCCAGGAUGGUCACUGUUAGCUGUUUCCAGGAUGGUUUAUCUUAGUAAGAGUUGGAAAUACACCCAGAGGUCAUCUAGUCCAACCCCCUGCAGUGCAAGACUCACAGCUGAAGCAAUCCCAAACCUACUCCGCUGCCCUCAGAUGUGGUGAAGGAUUCUGUCCCACUCAACUCCCCUGGGUUCAGGGAAGCCAAGGCCUCUCCCUGCAAAUAAGUCUGGGUCCUGAUUUUUGCACCUGGGUCCAUUUGCUGAAUCACAUUGUUCUAGUAAAGAACAAAAGAUAAGAAAAAAUAAGAUUCCAGGUAGACACCUGGAUCUGACAUCGUCCCCGCCCCUGAUUUGCCUUCAAGACUGCAAGAUUUUAAGCAGUGCUCUUUAAUCUUGGCUCUGCAGAUGUUGGACUACGAUUCCCAUCACCCACUGCCAUUGGCUACACCUCCAGUGGAUGAUGGGGGUCGCAGUCCAACAACGUGUGGGGAGCCCAGGUUGAAGAUCCUGGAACCUAAAAGAGAGUCGAUUGCAGGAGGCUGUGACUCCACUCACCACGAUCGCUCAAUAUCCUAAUGAAAUCCCCCAUCGCUUGAAUCUUAUAGCUAUAUAUAGAUAAAGUGUGUGUGAAAGAGAGAAAGACAAACAUGCUCAAACAAGUUUAAACAAGAAUAAAUAGUGAAAUCAUACAAUGAGCACCGCCAAGCUAAGUGAGUUGCUCCCAUUAAAAUGUCAAGCCAAUUACGGCAGGAACAUCAAAACGGCCCCUGCAGUGCCCAGAUGAACGCGUCGCGUUUGGGGAGAGAUUUCCACUUCAAUAAUGCAAAUAAUUGUAAUUCACAGGCAGCCUGCCUGUGAAAGACCGGGCCAAUUUGUUGCGGUAAAGGCAGACCCAAGAUGGGGUGGGAUUGCUCCCGACGAUUGAUUCCCACAUUCCGUUUUUUGCCAUCAUUUGCCAAAGACAGCAAGGCAUGCUACCAGCCCUGCAGAGGACCCCUGGAACCCAGAACCCACAAAAAGUCUUACUGCAGGUUGGCCAUCUUUAAGUGUCAAAUUAGGGUGGAUCAAACUGGCGUUGAAGACCUUUUCUGAUGGGAGGGACAGAUCCUUUUCUCCCAACCGCUGGAGUGCUGAAUCUGACAAGAGAACUGAAAUAUACUCGGAGUCGAGAGUGAAUUUCAUGCUUUUUAUUCAGCUCAUAGUCAUCAAGGAGAAGAAGAGAAGAAUGGCUCUUUUCCCAAAACCAUCUGCUUAUAUGCAUUAUUUACACAAUGGGCCUUGUGUGAUUGGCUACUUCAGGGCUACACCUGUGGGCCAAUCAGGUUGUGGAUUGACUUCUGCCUGCAGCCU